CUUCUCGCCGGCGCGGCCGCGCGAGGUGCUGGAGGGUCCCGCGAGUUUUCAUAUGCAUGGAUAUCACCUGAAUAUUCUUACCAGAGCUUAGAUUGUGCACGAGCUUACCCCAACCAUGAGUGGCUCCAAACCUGAUAUUCUGUGGGCCCCGCAUCAUGUUGACAGAUUCGUUGUGUGUGACUCGGAGCUGAGCCUUUAUCACAUCGACUCUGCUAUGAGUUCAGAACUCAAGGCAGGGUCCUUGCGCCUGUCAGAAGAAACUACGGCUACGCUGCUGUCCAUAAACUCGGAUACGCCCUACAUGAAAUGUGUGGCCUGGUAUCCCAAGUACGAUCCCGAAUGUCUCCUUGCUGUUGGACAGGCCAAUGGCCGAGUGGUACUUACCAGCCUUGGUCAAGAUCACAACUCAAAAUCUAAAGAUUUGAUAGGCAAAGAGUUUGUUCCCAAACAUGCACGGCAGUGUAAUACCCUGGCGUGGAAUCCACUGGAUAGCAAUUGGCUGGCUGCUGGCUUAGAUAAACAUCGGGCUGACUUUUCAGUGCUGAUCUGGGAUAUCAGCAGCAAAUAUGCCCCAGAGACUGCAGUUGCUACAGAGAAAGUAAGACUUUCAACAGGCGAUGCGGAAUCAGGACUGGUAGUAACAAAGCCACUGUAUGAAUUGGGACAGAAUGAUGCUUGUCUCUCUCUCUGUUGGCUUCCACGGGAUCAGAAGCUGCUGUUAGCUGGAAUGCAUCGAAAUCUGGCUAUAUUCGAUCUAAGGAACACAAGCCAAAAAAUAUUUGUAAACACUAAGGCUGUCCAGGGAGUGACUGUUGAUCCGUAUUUCCACGAUCGUGUAGCUUCCUUCUAUGAAGGUCAGGUUGCCAUAUGGGAUUUAAGAAAGUUUGAAAAGCCUGUUCUGACCUUGACAGAGCAACCAAAACCCUUAACAAAAGUUGCAUGGUGUCCAACAAGAACUGGACUGUUAGCUACUUUGACAAGGGAUAGUAAUAUCAUUAGGCUGUAUGACAUGCAGCAUACUCCCACCCCUAUUGGAGAUGAAACUGAGCCAACGAUAAUUGAAAGAAGUGUCCAACCUUGUGAAAAUUACAUUGCUUCCUUUGCCUGGCAUCCCACAAGUCAAAAUCGAAUGGUAGUAGUGACCCCCAACAGGACUAUGUCUGACUUCACAGUUUUUGAAAGAAUUUCUCUUGCAUGGAGUCCAGUGACAUCCUUAAUGUGGGCUUGUGGACGACAUUUGUAUGAGUGUACAGAAGAAGGAAAGGCUAGUUCCUUGGAAAAAGACAUAGCAACCAAAAUGCGGCUCAGAGCUCUGUCAAGGUAUGGUCUUGAUACUGAACAAGUUUGGAGAAAUCACCUCCUAGCUGGAAACGAAGAUCCUCAGCUGAAAUCGCUUUGGUACACUCUGCAUUUUAUGAAGCAGUAUACUGAAGAUAUGGAUCAAAAACUUACAGGAAACAAAGGUCCCUUAGUUUAUGCUGGCAUUAAAUCAAUUGUGAAGUCAUCUUUGGGAACAACAGAGAACCUCAGGCACAGCAGGAGUGGAUCUGAUAGACAGGCAGAUAUUAUUCAAUAUCUGAGUGAGGAGAGAUACUUGGCUUUGCAGCUCUGUGGGUGGAUAAAGAAGGGAACAGACUUAGAUGUGGAACCUUUUCUAAAUUCAUUGGAACAGGAAGGAGACUGGGAACGAGCUGCUGCUGUAGCACUUUUCAACUUGGACAUACGGCGAGCAAUACAAAUUCUGCAUAAAGGGGCUAUCUCAGGAAAAGGUGAUCUGAACCUUAACGUAGUAGCAAUGGCUCUGUCAGGCUACACAGAUGAGAAGAACUCACUUUGGAGAGAAAUGUGCAGUACUCUGAGACUGCAGCUGAACAAUCCCUACUUGUGUGCAAUGUUUGCUUUCCUGACAAGUGAGUCUGGUUCAUAUGACGGUGUUUUGUAUGAAAAUAAUGUGGCUGUACGAGACAGAGUGGCAUUUGCUUGCAAGUUUCUCAAUGAUGCUCAGCUGAACAGGUUUAUUGAAAAGCUGACGAAUGAAAUGAAGGAGGCUGGGAAUUUGGAGGGAAUACUGUUAACAGGGCUGACAAAAGAUGGGGUUGACUUGAUGGAAAGUUAUGUUGACAGAACUGGAGAUGUCCAGACAGCAAGCUAUUGCAUGCUACAGGGUUCUCCAUCAGAUGUACUUAAGGAUGAAAGAGUUCAGUACUGGAUUGAGAACUACAGGAAUCUGUUAGAUGCUUGGAGAUUUUGGCAUAAACGUGCAGAAUUUGAUAUCCACAGGAGUAAGCUGGAUCCCAGUUCAAAGCCUUUAGCCCAGGUGUUUGUGAGUUGCAAUUUCUGUGGAAAAUCAAUCUCUUACAGCUGUUCAGCUAUUCCUCAUCAGGGGCGAGGUUUUAGCCAAUAUGGAGUCAGUGGUUCUCCAACUAAGUCAAAAGUUACAAGCUGUCCUGGUUGCCGUAAGCCCCUUCCUCGCUGUGCACUUUGCUUGAUAAAUAUGGGAACACCAGUUUCCAGCUGUCCAGGAGGAUCCAAGUCGGAUGAAAAAGUGGAUCUUAGCAAAGACAAGAAGUUAGCCCAGUUCAGCAACUGGUUUACUUGGUGUCACAACUGUAGGCAUGGUGGACAUGCUGGGCAUAUGCUGAGCUGGUUCAGAGACCAUACUGAGUGCCCGGUUUCUGCCUGCUCUUGUAAGUGUAUGCAGCUGGAUACAACAGGGAAUCUCAUUCCAGCAGAGACUGUCCAGGCAUAAAUAUUGUUUGAAAAUAUGUGGCUCUCCAAUGGAUGUCCAUCAUAGUCCAAGCAUAUAUUUUAGACAAAGGUAAUUUGUGACUUACUGACUGGAAAAAAAAAAAAUAAAAUGCUAUCAAAUUAGUAAAA